UAAUUCGAUCUGACGUCGCGCAAGUGACAUAUAUAAUAGCUGGUGAGUGUAUUGAGCAUCAACGAUCAUCAACAAAUAUCGACAAGCACUUGACUGAUACAGACAACUCCAUAAGUUAUAUACCGUGAUAGUGACAUCGACUUGCUUUACGAUAAAGUGCCAAGAAAGGUGUGUAAGUCACGCGCGUGAUAUAUGUGACAUAGUGCUAAAUGUCUUCCAGAGCUGAUGAACACGCUGCUAAUUAUCAACGUUUUAAUAAUGACACAAAUCAAUCUUUGGAACAAGACAUUUCCCAUGGAUCUACCCAAAAAUAUGGAUCUAUGUUAUCUUCCCCAGAAAGUCAUGUGAGAGUAUCCUUCAAUGAAACUGGAAAUUCUAAUAAAAUAAAUUAUAAAUUAUAUGUUGAUGGAAUGGAUCAUUCUAAUGUUCCUGAGGAUACUACUAUUAUUUCCCAAGGAGAACCAUUGGACAUUGAUAUGCACUGGGAAAUGAAUUAUCAUGAAGCUGCUAUUUUUUUAGAAGAAGGACGAAAUAAUGAAAAAUUUGAUUCACAUCCUAGACAUCCAGAGGAUUUACCAGCAUAUCUUUUAGUUCAUAAUAAGUGGUAUUAUGGAUUAGAUUUAUUAACAUCUCUUAUUCUAUUAGCUUUAGCAUUUGUUGAAGAACCAGCUGUAUCGUUAUUCCAAAUGCCUGUGUGGGCUCAUAGUACAAUAGAACUCUUUGCUUUAAUUACUAUUGGUAUAGAAUUAGCUUUGAAACUUAGAUGGAUCGGAUGGGGAACUAUGCUAAAACAUAAACGUACAAUGAUAAAGUGUAUUACUCUAGCUAUUAUGUUCCUAGAAGCAAUGGUAGUUCUAGUGCGGCAGUCUUCUCAUUUUAGAGUAACACGAGCUUUAAGACCCAUUUUCUUAGUAGAUACAAAAUACUGUGGUGGUGUUAGAAGAUUUAUAAGACAGAUAUUAUUAACAUUACCACCAAUUUUGGAUAUGUUAGGACUUCUUUUAUUUUUCAUAUCUGUCUAUACAGUAUUGGGUUAUUAUAUGUUUUCUGAAAUGAAUAGAAAUUUUUCUACAUUGGAAAAUAGUUUCGUAAGCUUAUUUGUUCUUCUCACCACAGCAAACUUUCCAGACGUAAUGAUGCCAUCUUAUUCAAAAAAUAAGUGGUAUGCGAUAUAUUUUGUAUCAUAUUUAUCUACCAUGUUAUAUGUAAUGAUGAACUUAAUGCUAGCAGUUGUAAAUGAAACAUUUACAUCAGCAGAACGAGAUAAAUUUAAAAAAUUAUAUUUACAUAAAAGAAAGGCUUGUCAACAUGCUUUUAAACUAUUAGUUUCAAAGCAAAAUCCAGAUAAAAUGAAAUUUCGCCAAUUUGAAGGCUUAAUGAGAUAUUAUGCACCACAUAAAUCCACAAGAGAUAUUGUUUUAAUGUUUCGUUACAUGAAUAUCUCUGGAAGUGGUGCAUUGAAUUCUGAAGAAUUUUUAGUAGUGUAUGAUGCCACAAUGCUUCAAUGGGAAGUAGAAUACUCUAAUAUACCAUGGUAUCAUACAGCAUGGCAACCUUUACAAAUAUUGUGUGUUGGUGCUCAUGCUGUUAUUAGAUGGUCAUACUUUGAAAGUUUAGUAUACAUAAUAAUUAUAGGAAAUGGAAUAGCAAUGAUAAUUCGAUUGAUACAACCAAGUGAAAAUCUUCAAAUAUCAUCUCACAAAUUUGCAGCUUGUUGGGAUACUUUGCUUUUUGGAAGUUUGUUUGUAUCAGAAGCAUUAGCAAAAAUAUUGGGCCUUGGGAUAAAACGUUAUCUUAGUUCUGGAUGGAAUCUUUUUGAUUUAGGAGCUUCAAUUAUGACUCUAGUUGCCGCGUGUGGACUUAUUUUAUUUCCAAAUACUACGUUCUUAGUAUUGUUCAGACCUUUGAGGCUUCUAAGACUUUUCAAGAUAAAAAAGCGUUAUCGAGAUGUGUUCGGUACGCUUGUUAUAUUGUUUCCCCUAAUGUGUUCCACUGCUAUUGUUAUGCUCGUUUUAUACUAUUUCUUUGCUAUCAUUGGAAUGGAAUUAUUUGCUGGAUAUGAUAUGAGAAAUUGUUGCAAGAAUACAACUGUAGAGGAUUUUUAUAAAUAUUCUGCUAAUGAAAGUACAGCAUUAGGAUAUUAUUAUCUCAAUACGUUUGAUAAUUUAAUAGCAAGUAGUGUGACACUUUUUGAAUUGACUGUUGUUAACAAUUGGUUCAUAUUAAUGAAUGCAUAUGCUUUUACCGUUGGUAUGUAUACCCGGUCAUACUUUAUGACAUUUUACUUGAUAACCAUGAUCGUCCUUACAAUCGUGGUAUCCAGUUUCUUAGAAGCAUUUAGAUUUAGGAUACAGUAUAAAAGAUCAACAUCAAAACACGAUGAAGAAAAAAUGUUACACGAGGAAGUAGAAUUAAGAUGGAAUGAAUUACAGUGUAUAAUAGAAGAUGUUCAAUUUCUCGAGGAUUUACGAUCUUCAUUAGUUAUUGGCGGCACUACUCUUUUUAUUGGCUCGCGACCUCGUACCAGAGAAGUUUUACAACGAAAAAUGUAUACGAAUGAAAUAACCGAAUGGAUCACAGAAGCUAAAUUGGAAGAACGCCAAAAUGAUAUUACUGUAAUAAAUAAUUACACAGAUAACAGAGAAAGUAACGAUAUUCUUGAUUCUGAACUUGUUUUACAUCGAAGAUCGCGAUCUCCACAACGUAACGGUGUAUGCACCUAACAAUAUUUAGUAAUAAUUAUUCAAUUGUACAAAUUAAAUUCGUCGAGAAUUUUCAUCACUUAA